UAAUAAGUUCCCGACACAGAUCCAUUCUCUUCCAAAUUUCUUCGCAGCCAAACUUGAAAAGGCAUCGUCGUCAGUAAAAUGGCUAUUCAAGAAUUUGGUUGUCUAUUUAAGAAAAUAUUUGUCAAAGCCAAUGCUAAUAAAGUUAUUAAACAGAGCAAUAUUUAAGUCAUGACUUCGAAAGUUCCGAGGUCAAAUUGAUUCCAGGCGAUCACUGCUGAUCUGAGUUGAUUCCAUUCCCGUUGCUUCUUCAGCGAAAGGUAAACUGAGGUAAAACAUGGCUCGCUGGGUUAUCAAGUGUCUCUUCCUUGCUGCAUUAUUGUCCAUCACUCUGGGUGCCAAGCUCGUUUCAGACAGCAAGGAGAACGAAUCCAAAGACAAGCGUGUGACUGUCACCAACAACAAUAACAAUAACAACAACAAUAACAACAACAAUAACAACAAUAACAACAACAAUAACAACAACAACAACAACAACUGGCAGGCGAAUCAAAUAAACGGGCCUCUUCUUCAGUUUCAGUGCCCGAGAGGACAGUCUGUCUCUCAGAUUUGGAUCGACCCAAGUGGAAAAUGGAACGUUCUGUGCACCCCGAGCCAGGCUACCUGUAACCGUUAUUGCGUCUGGUAUUUCCAAAAUUGCCACCUGACGACCACACCGAUCGGAUAAAGAACCAGUGUUAUCAGCAAAACCGCACACAAGUAGUUUAGAAGCUAUGUGGGUAGACUUGAUUAUGUAGAAAGUUAGAGGCAAACCAGAGGAUGUCUGAAUCCGCUUAGAUUACUGAGUAUAUACCCGGGAGUAUAGUGCGGGUUCGUGGUUUCCUGUCUUAAUUAUAGGCACAAAUGCUUUGAUUCAACGCGUAAAUUCAAUGUGACAGGGUAGAUGUGAUUUUAAAGAUCCUUAGUUAUAUCCUCACCUGUUGUAAGUUAGAGGGAAAGUUAAAGUAACUAAAAGGGAAAUGUUAUAGUCAGUUAAAGGGAAAGCACUACAUGGCUGGUAGUUAAUUUUACGGCAUAAUUAGC